AUCAAAUUUGUUGACGUUUGUGCGGAAUGCUAAUGGCCGUCAGUUUAUUGUUUGAUUUGUUGGAUUAGAUGAAAAAAUGGUAAAAUGCCGCAUUGAUUUAAAACUAAAUCGCUUUAAAGAUGAUUCGGCGGCUUAGCAAGUCCUUGUAAAAGUGUUGUGUAUGUGGCUGUGUCAAUAUUAUUGUCAGACUGUACAGGCGGGAAACGACUCAAUACUAUUCGGUAAAAUUUAGGGUUUAGUCCUGCAAAAGAUGUCGAGAGAAUCUUUAAACGAAGUGUUAGAGAAGUUCGCUCAAGUGACAGCAAUUUUAGUUGAGACUUCUAAAAUUAAAGAACAGUUAGACAGAUCUGCAAGCGACGAAAAACUGCAAGUGAUUAUUGAGCAGACUGAAGUGCAAGUCAACAGUUUAGUGAAACACGCAACUUCCGUUAAGGAAUUGUUUGACAAAAAUAUGAAAACGUCUGAGAAACUCCUGGUAAAUGGAGUUGACAUAAACAAAAACUCUGAAACGAACGGUAAUGAUUCAAGCCAGCCUUCGAACGGUGAAAAUUCGCCGCAAAUAAAGCCCCUCAUUAAAUUAGUCGAUAUUAACAAAUUAGUGGAGCCUAGACCUCAGAUUAAGACAGAUCCUAGGGAAAAACUUGAAAAAACUGUGAGAUUUGAUGACACUGUUGUGCUGAUAACUAGCUCCGAUGAAGACAAACAGAAAGACUCACCUCUCAUUGAAAGUGUUGGGAAGAGGAAAGCUGCAGCUAGAACUAUCAAAAAGACAAGACAGUCGUUGCAAGUUGGAACAAGCUCAAGUUCAGAGUCCAGUGAUGACACGGACUUCAUUGUCUUAAAACCCACGAAAAGUAAAACUGCAUCCGUGAAUAGAAUCAGAAAGAAGAAAACUGAAUUUAUGAACAAGACCGUGCCUGAUACUGAUACCGACAGUUCUGAUGAUGACGAUUUAGAAACAAUUAAAAGCAGAAAUAGCAAAAAUAAAAAGAAGUCGAAGAAAGUUGAAGAACAGAAGUCAAGUGAUGAAGAAAGUGACGAGCCUUUUGUGGACUGGAAAAACGACCCCAAAUUUAACUUAAAGUGCUACGUCAAGCUCAUUAGAAUUCCCUGUGAAAAACUCAAAGAACAUUAUUUAGGAAACUUGGAACUGUUGGAAAUUAAAAGAUUGACAGACUUGAACUCGUUAAAUAAAAAAAGAAGAAGAUCAAGUUCAGAUAAUUCAGCUUGUAGUGAAAAUCAAAAUAGUAAAAAAAGAAAAAGGAAAAACACUAAAAGCAAAGAGAAUCCCGAAAAAGACAGCUCUGAGUCUACUGCUUCUGACCUUGAUGAAGAGAUAAAUCCUAGUCCUGUAUCUGAAGUUGAGAAGAACCAGGAUUUGGCUGUUGGAAAUUCGGAAGAAAUGGCUGAAGACGCUCUUAAUUUGCUUAAUUCGGAUAAAGACGAUAGUGAUGAUAAAGAGGAGGCUCCAGAAGAGAAUUCUGAAAAUUCCGACAAGGAGAAGAAUGGCAAAGAGACUGCAGAAAAGAACUUAGAAAAUGAGGAAAGUGUUGAACGUCCUGAAAAUGUCCCAGAUAAGGAUCCUUUAGAAAUUGCAAAUAAUAGUGAAAACGUAGAUAAACCAGAUGAGGCAUCCGAGAAAGAUCCCACAAUUGAAACAAACGAAAAUGAGCAAGAUAAUACGGAAAAAAACGAUAAUGGUAGCGAAAAAACUAACGACGACCAGUCAGAAAAAGAAGCCAACGAUAAAUCCGACGAGGGCUCAAAAUCGGAUGAAAACAAAGUUGAAGAAAAAUCGAAAAAGCGUUGGCGCAAGGAUAAACUCCUUACUUCCAAGCUAUCAAGCAGUGACUCCGAAGAAGAGUUUGCGAAAUUUUGCAGAAAAAAAGAAAAAAUGAAUGAGGAAGUUGCCAGCGAUGACGAGCCAAAGCUCCCCAAGGACAAAAAAAAGAGGAUAAUGAAAAAGCGCCUGAAGAAAGCGAUUUUGUCAGACUCUGACUCUGAUAAAAAAGACAGCGGUGACGACUUUCAGCAGAAAUCUAGCAGUUCGUCCUCAGACUCGGACGAAGAGGACGACAAUAAGAAAGAGGAGAAGCCAAAACCGGCACGAAAACGAGUAAAACGCGUAAGAGACAGUAGCGAUGAUGACGAUGAAGAAAAAUCAACACGAAAACAAAUCCGAAACAUUUGGGGGCGAGACUCCCUCGCUGAAAGCACGAAACAGGCCGAAGCUGAAGAAAGGGAACGAAAGGCCCGAAUUGCCGAAAAACAGAAGAAGUACAACCAAAUCUACGAAUUCAGUUCGCAACUGAACGCGAAAGUUGAUAAAGUCGUUCUUGACUUUGACGAAGAGAACCAGAAAGAAUUGCUAAAAGUCGACGAUAGUUUAGUCUCGAAAUUGAAGCCGCACCAAGCCAGUGGCGUCCAGUUCAUGUGGGACGCAUGCUUCGAGUCCUUGGAACGGGCGAAAAGCACCAAAGGCUCGGGUUGCAUCCUGGCACAUUGUAUGGGUCUCGGAAAAACGUUACAGGUCAUAACCUUGAGUCACACUUUACUAAUCAACAGCGAGAAAACAAACGUGAAAAAAGUGCUAGUCGUGAGCCCCCUGAACACGGUCCUGAAUUGGGUCAGCGAGUUCAAGCAGUGGCUACCUGAUUGUGAGGAGUAUGACGUCUACGAAUUGGUCUCUUUCAAGCAAAAUUACGAACGGCAGUAUCAAGUAAAAACCUGGCACGAUCACGGCGGUGUUUUAAUCAUUGGUUACGACAUGUUUCGUAAUUUAAGUAAUCCGGAUAAUAAACGGUUGAGCAAAAAAAUGCGGGCCGCCUUUCAGGAAGCCUUGGUUGAUCCAGGCCCGGAUUUGGUGAUUUGUGACGAAGGCCACUUGCUCAAAAACGAGAAGACUAACACAAGUAUUGCAAUGAAUCGGUUGAAAACGUUGCGAAGGAUUGUCUUGACCGGGACGCCGCUGCAGAAUAAUUUGAAAGAGUAUUUCUGCAUGGUGCAGUUCGUGAAACCGAAUUUGUUGGGGACGUAUAAAGAAUAUUUGAAUCGGUUUGUUAACCCCAUCACUAAUGGGCAAUACACGGAUUCAACCCCGCACGAUAUUCAAAUUAUGCGUAAAAGGUCGCACGUUUUGCACAAGAUGUUGGAUGGUGUCGUCCAAAGACGAGACUACUCAGUGUUGGAGCCGUACUUGCCACCGAAACACGAAUAUGUACUAUUUUUGAGUCUCACUGAGACACAGAUCAAGUUAUACCAACAUUACAUGGACCGUUUUGCGCGAAGUGGGGACGGUUCGAACCGUACGUCGUUCUUGUUUGUCGAUUUUCAGGCCUUGCAAAGGAUUUGCACCCAUCCGAGGGUGCUCCUUGACAAGAGUAUUGAAAUGAAGUUGGCCAAGGAAAAACGGGAUGAUGAAUCGGAAGAGUCGGAAGGUUCGUUGAAAGAUUUUAUCAAUGAUGACGACGAAGAGGAAGAGUCUACGGGAUCGUCAAAUUCGAGUUCGGACGAAGGAGGUGAGAAAAAGAGUGCAGCGCCGAGGAAACGCGUUACGAGAGCUGCCGCCGCGUUAGCAAAAGAGAAUGGGGAGCCGGAAGAAAUUAUCACUCUUGAAGACACCGUGGAAAAAGAGUGGUGGCAGGAAUAUUGCGACGGUGAUGAACUGAACAAUAUUGCGCACAGUUCGAAGCUGUUUCUGUUAUUUGAGAUUCUCAAAGAGUGUGAACAAAUAGGGGACAAAGUACUGGUAUUUUCGCAGUCGCUUUAUUCCCUCAACAUAAUCGAGUAUUUCCUUGGACGGAUUCACGACGCCACGCAGGCUGGCGAAACGGACUCCGUAGGGGCCUAUAGUGGGUCUUGGUGUGUCGGAUUGGAUUAUUUUAGGUUAGACGGCUCAUCAUCGUGUGACAGUCGUAGCAUGUGGUGUAGAACUUUCAACAACCCCACAAACACCCGAGCUAGAUUAUUUUUAAUUUCUACCAAAGCCGGCGGUUUAGGUAUUAAUUUGGUCGCCGCCAACCGUGUUAUUAUUUUCGAUGUCUCAUGGAACCCCUCACACGAUAUUCAGAGCAUAUACAGGGUGUAUCGGUUUGGGCAAACGAAACCGUGCUACAUUUAUCGUUUCGUGACUUUGGGCACAAUGGAAAUGAAAAUUUACGAGAGACAGGUUACGAAACAAGCGAUUUCCAAACGUGUUAUCGAUGAACAACAAAUUGACCGACACUACAAUCAGAAUGAUCUCGCAGAAUUAUACAAAUUUGACCCAAAACCGGGUGACAGACCAAUCCCGCUUGUACCAAAAGAUGUACUCCUAGGAGAACUCCUACAGAAGUUUGAUCGGAUUUACAAAUACCACGAACAUCAAACGCUACUUGAAAAUAAGGAAGAGGAGGGUCUUAAUGAGGAAGAGCGUAAAGCAGCGUGGGAGGAGUUCGAAAAUGAGAAGAAACAAAGACACAAUUAUUUGGCAGGUCUUUCAGACAUUGAUGCCUUUUUCGGUAACACUUAUUUGCGCGCCGCUAAUGUCCAACUGGCUUUGGCCAAUUUGUUAAGAAAAGAGAAUCCGGCUUGGACCGAAAUGCAAAUAAAAGAAAUGUUGCCUAUUUUACAAGCCCAGAUGCAGGAACAAGUCACGCGGGGCGACCUGACUUUGUACAAACAAGUCCAGCAUGAAGUACAAAUGAUCCAAGCCAUCCAAAACCAGAGACUCAAAGAACAGUUCUACCAACAGCAAGCCUUAAGGAUGCUACAACAACAAAAAAUGCCUCAGCAACUGGCAGCAGCUAUGAACUAUCACAACGCGGCUACUUGGUUGGAGCAGUACAUGAAUCAGAUGCCUGGCACGAGUCGCCAACCCCCACAGGCGGUUAACCCGAACGACGUUAUAGAUUUAAAUGAUUAGUUUUAAGAUUUCGUCAUAUGUUGUGGUAGAUAUCUCAUAGUCCAAAAUUUUGUACAUAGUUUUGUUUUGUUAUUUAUCUAUUUAAAAGAAUAAAAAUUAAUUUGUACACUA